AUGGCAUUUUCACAAUCAGUCAGAAAAGGACAAAUUCCUGAUAAAUGUGGAUUAUGUGAAACUGAUAGACCCAUUAAAUGGAAGUGUUUAGAGUGUGGCCUUUUAUUGUGUAAUCAUUGUAAGAAGGUACGUUUAAGAGGAAAAACAGCAGAGGAUCACAGAAUAAUUGAUAUCAAAGAAAUUGGACUUUAUAAAGAGGAUUUUGCAAACAUUCCCUGUCAGGACCAUGCUGGACAAUAUGUAUGUCGGUAUUGUAAGACAUGUGAAAGUAUUCUUUGUCCAACCUGUGUUGCAAAAAAACACAAAAAACAUGAUCUAACAGAAAUUCAGGAAGGAUACGAUGUGAAAUUUGACAAGUUGAAAAAAGGACAAAGUAAAAUUCUAAGGAAAAGGAAAGUAAUUGUAUCUAGAAAAGAACAGCUUAGCCAACUUUUAUCAUCAGAAAAUUACAAAUACAAGCAGGUACAGGAAGAUGUUCUUAAACAUGAACAAUCUGCCAAAGCAGCUGUAGAAAAGCAUUUCAAAGAGCUCAAAGAUAAAUUGGAUCAGAAUCACAAAUCUGUUUCUAACAUGAUCAAAACUGACUUAAAUGCUGUCUCAGUUUUACUAAAACAAGCUGACAACAAAAAUAAUGAAGUCCAGGAAUUCAUUCAAAUCAGUGAUGCCUCCAAGUUCUUUACAGAAGUAAACAAUCUAGAAAACUCUAUUGACAUUCAAAUACCCCAACCAAGAUCAAGUUAUGGCUCUUUACUAAACUUCAUUCCAGAGGAGAUCACUCAGUCUAACAUUGGGGUAUUGGAAUUUGAUAUAAAUAUUUCUUAUAAACCGCAUGUUCAUCUGGAAAUAAAUAAGCAAUAUCAAACUGAAUUAGAGGCUGUAACAUUUGUUAGCUCAUCUACUGAUCAGACUUUCUGGAUAAGUUCUGGUGGUUGUGGUUUAGUUCAAAAAGUUAAACUUGAUGAAAACAACAUAAAGGUUAUAUCCAGUUAUAAUAUUAGUGUGUAUGGUAUGGCUGUUACGCAAUCAAAUAAUCUACUUCUGUGUCCUGACGGAUUAGGACUCCAAGAAGUAAUCAGUAGUACGGGUAAACUUACAGACACUGUAUGUAAUCUGUCACCAUUCCACCCUACAGCUGUCCAUAUCACUAGUGACAAUAAAGUUUUAGUAGGAGGUAAUGAUAGAGACUUCCUUAAACAAGGAAGAAGAGUUGUAAUACUGAUGAAUCAGAAUGGAGACCAUGAGAGAGUGUAUGAGCACGAUCAACAUAAACAACCUAUAUUUACCUAUAUCUUGAGAAUAACCAGUACCAGUAAUGGUUAUAUUCAUGUAGUCGAUGGUAGUGUACGUGGUGACAGAUAUAGAGUAGUAGUGUUAAAGCAAGGAGGCGAUAUAAUCAAUAUAUAUACAGGAGAUACAGAGAUCAACAAAGACAUUCCUUUCAAUCCAAGAGACAUAGUGACAACACCUAGAGACAAUGUUAUUGUAGCUGAUAUCAACACUCAUACACUCCAUAUUCUAAACAAUGUUGGCACACUGAUGACAUGUUAUAAAACAAGUGACAUAAACAUAGUAUUACCAUGUUCACUUGUAUUCACCCCAACAGGACAGCUCUAUAUAGGAUGUUGUACACCAACAAGGAGUAAAGCCAAGGACGCCAAAUUAUAUGAAGUGACAAUUUCACUUUGUUAA